UCUACAAUACAGAGAAUAAUAUAACGUUUCUGCUGUUACAAGAUGGCUUUAAGUUCAACCUACCAACACAAACUGGCUGAAAAGCUCCUAAUACUAAACGACAGGGGAAAAGGAGUAUUGAUCCGAAUAUAUAACAUCAAAAAGACAUGCUCAGAUGCCAAAACAAAACCCCACUUCUUCACGGACAAGUCAAUGGAGUCAUCUCUGAAAUACAUCAGCAAGAAGUUUCCAAAUAUCGAUGUCCGCAGCAGUACGCAACACCUGGGUCCAGUGCACAAAGAUAAGACCGAGAUUGUGAAAUAUCUGACUGGCUAUUACAUGACGUUUGUGGAUGUCAUGGAAUUCCGAGAUCACGUUUAUGAAUUGCUGAAUACCAUUGAUGCCUGCCAGUGUUACUUUGACAUUAAUAUAAAUUACAACUUCACUAAGAGCUACCUGGACCUAAUAGUGACAUACUUCUCUGUCAUCAUGCUGAUCUCAAGGAUUGAUGAUCGAAAGACCCUUGUUGCUCUUUACAACUGCGCCUCUGAGAUGCUGCAAGGUCAGAGUGAGCCUUCCUAUGCACGCCUGGGGCAAAUGUUGCUGGAGUAUGACAACCCACUCAAAAAACUAAGUGAAGAAUUUGGAACUCAUACUAAGACUGUGACAGAUGCUUUGAGGUCCAUGCACUUUCUCUUCUGUCGGAGAUCACAAUCCGCAGAACAAUGGAGAGGAGCCCAACUCUUAAGUUUCCUCAGCAAUCCUGCCACUAUGAUUUCUCCCUCCACCUCAGAUACGAUGCCCUGUGAAUAUUUAUCAUUUGAGACCAUGGAAAGAUGGAUCUUAAUUGGAUUUCUGCUGUCACACAGUGUACUGAACUCUCAACAGCCCUGCCUGGAGCUGUGGAAACAGGCUCUUCAGGGAUCUUACUGCAUCACACUGAUCCGGGAAGAUGUCUUGCUAAUACAUCGUGUUGCUGAGGACUUCUUUGGCAGCAUAAAAGGGUAUGGAAAACGUGUGGCUGAUGUGAAGGAAUGCAAAGAACAUUUCAUGACCCACAGUGGACAGUUUCACCGUGGCAGACGUGCAUUCCUCAGGUCAGCGGUGAAGGAGUUGGAGAUCAUUUUAGCAGACCAGCCAGGACUGCUGGGUCCAAAGGCUCUUUUUGCUUUUAUGGCUUUAUCCUUUUGCCGUGAUGAGAUUAACUGGCUGGUACGGCACGCUGAGAACAUCACUAAAACUAAGACUCCAGAAGACUACAUGGAUGUCCAUAUAGCUGAACUGAUGUUUUGCAUGGAGGAGAUCCAAACGUUAGUGAAAAAACACCUGCCUAUAAUCCAGAAAUAUCAUCUCCAGUAUUUAGCCAGGUUUGAUGCCCUGGUCCUCAGUGAUAUCAUUCAGAAUCUCACCGUUUGCCCAGAAGAGGAAUCUGUGAUUAUGUCUUCAUUUGUAAGCACUCUGUCUUCACUGAAUGUAAAACAAGUUGACAACAAAGAAACAUUUGAUUUUAGAGCCCUGAGACUUGACUGGUUCCGGCUCCAGGCAUACACCAGCGUAGCUAAAGCCCCGCUAUCUCUCCGGGACAAUCCAGAUCUUGGGAAAAUUAUGAAUCUGAUCAUGUUUCACACCUGGAUGCUGGACUCUGUGGAAGAUCUGAUUAUUGAGACCUCAGACCUCUCCAUCUUUUGUUUUCAUAUCCGCACAUUUGAGAAGAUGUUCUCACUAACAAUGGAAGAACCCUCUGCUUUACGGUACUCUAUUUCAUUUCCAAUGGCCUGCUCUCACUUCUCCAAUUACACCCACGAGAUGUGCCCAGAGGAGUACCCUCACCUGAAGAACUGCAGCUUGGGGCUCUGUAACAGUUUUCUAGAUGAAAUUAGCAAACAGGCCUCUGGUUGUAUAAUGGACAUCUGUGCAGAGCAAAGUAAUCUCAGCGAAAAGCUGCUACCGAAGCACUGUGCUGCAUCUAUCAGCAAAGCCAGGAAUAAGAAACUGAAGAGGCCCCCACCCAAAAAAACAGAGCCUGAAAGAGAAAAACCGGGUACAGAAAGUAAACGCAAAGAUCGCAUCAUGACCACUAACAUGGACAAACUGCACCUGACCCUCAGUGAAUUCUCUAUAGCACUAAAUCAUGUCAAAAACAUCAUGGUGUUCGAUCAUUUGGUCACUCCAGCAGAGUACCUGAGUUCCCACUUAGAGAUGAGACUUAAUCGGGCCCUUGUAUCGAUGACGAACUGGAAUCCUGCCAUUCGGGAGAUUCAACGUCCAUCCGAGGUUUUAAGUGGGAUGAGAUCUUUUCUCUGCACAUUGCAGUCUGUUGCUCAUCUGGUGAAUAUUGAUGUCACACGUACUAUCCGCAGCACACUACUGCAACAAACCCAAGCAAAUGAUGCUAAUGGAGAGCAGACUAUCACCACAUUGUAUACCAACUGGUACCUGGAGUGUCUUCUUCGUCAAGCCAGUACAGGGUUAAUAGUGUAUUCACCAACAAUGAAAUGCUUUGUAGAUCUACCAGCAGACAUGAGUGGAGAGCAUGGCCUAAAUGCUGAUGAAUACACGGAUGUGUCAGAAAUGAAAGCUUUGGCUGAGCUGCUCGGUCCAUAUGGGAUGAAAUUCCUCAGCGAGAACCUCAUGUGGCACGUGACAUCGCAGAUUGCAGAGUUAAAGAAACUGGUGCUAGAGAAUAUGGAUGUGCUAGUACAAAUCAGAUCCAACUUCAGCAAUGUGGAGCUGAUGCCAUCACUGAAAUCCAAGCUGACCUCUCCAGAAAGCUUGCUGAAAAGGAUGACCAUUAUUGGAGUGAUCUUGUCUUUCCGUUCACUGGCCCUGGAAGGACUUAGAGAGGUAUUUACCAACCACUGCCCAUACUUGAUGAGCCCUAUUGAAUUUUUAAAGGAUUUUGUUACCCCUGAUCUUGACAUUCAGGUGACGCUAAGUAUAUUCGAACUGGCAACAUCAGCAGGUAUCACAUGUGAUGUGGACCCUCAUCUGGUGGCAGCGCUAGCAAACAUGAAAAUAGAAAGUUCUUCUUUUGAUGAAGAGUACAAAGUGGCCUGUCUGUUGCAGGUGUAUCUAGCAAUAUCUCUUCCUCUGUUGGCUUCUGAUCCCAUGUCGUUCUACAACAUUGAAAAUGAUGGGUACAAUAACAACAGCCACUGCCUGGCCAAAGCAAUCAUUCAGGUGUCUGCUGCAUUCUUCACCAUCUAUCAUAAGAACAUAGAGACCCACCUCAAAGAGUUCUUGCUGAUGGCAUCAGGAAGCUUGCUACACCUCGGGGAGGAAACUGACAAAGUAAAAGCUAAGAACCGAGAAUCCGUUUUACUCCUGCUUCAUCUGAUUGUGGAAGAAUCCUCAUUUCUAACCGUGGACAUGCUGGAAUCCUGCUUUCCUUAUGUGUUGCUCCGAAAUGCUUACCAUGAAGUCCAUCGCACCUUCUCAACCAUGGUAGCCUCCUGAUCGCAUGGUGCCAUUAUGUGCAACGCCCACAGACGGGAAGCAAGCGCUAUUAGAGUGUGGACAGCAAUGUUCAUGACUGUCUACCCUCCACCUUCCCAGCAUGCAUUAGUUUAGGAAAUAAAUAACACGUACAAAGUCCUUGUACUUGUAGGGAAAAGCCAAUGCUCAAGUUAAUGUGAUCAGCAGAGCCUUGGGGUCUAUUUCUACAUUUCUCCACUGCAAUUGUGUGAAAUAAUGUUAUUAUAUUCUCAAUAUUUCCUGCUGUGUAAGAGCUGGAAUGAUUCUUUUGCUCUAUCACUUUUAAUAACCAGGCAGCCAAAACAGUGUUUUCAGUGAAUGCUAAGGCAAAAUAAUAACAUCGGAACACAAAGGAUUUGGCUGCCAAUUAUAACUGCCUGCAGCCAAAGUAAAUCACAUGCUACAUUGCUUUUAAAAUGCCAAAGUUGUGGUUUUCUUGUAUUCCCAUUUGUUUUUCUGGACACUUCACUGAAAUCUGGCUUGCCCGGCCACAUUUACUAAAUAAUAUACAUUGUACUAGCGCAGAAAAGGUGUGGGAGAGAUCAAUGAUGAGAUUAAGAAGAAAGUGGCAUUUUAGGAAGGCAGAAAUGUCAGCGCUGUUAUCAGGCUAUUAUUGCUGUUCAGUCAUUUGUUAGUGUGCAUCAUCGCUGCAUUUGCUUAG